AUGUUGGGCACCUGGCAGCACGGCUAUUGGCGACGAGAUCUUGGUGUGAAGAACGGCUCUGCCAGUUCGCGAAGACCAGGGGUAUCGCCCAAUGGGCUGGCUUUGAACCCUGUUCAACGACGUCGUCUCAGACAAAAAGAGAGGGUGCGCCCCGCGAACCAUUUGCCGUCGGCAAUAGGGCUGAACGCAGCAAACGCCGAGACCGCCGGUCGCGACGCCCGCCACCGUGGGGGAGGCGGCGGGCCGCUGCAGCCCGUCUGGAGCGUCGACGUGCCUCCAUCACCAUCACGAUCUGGGGCGUGGGGUCCGUGGUUUCGAGAGCAUGGCGUUUCAGACAGAGUCGUUUGCAACCGCAGUGCAUUGCAUUGCAUUGCUUGA